AAAACAAGAAGAAGACGGGUUUUGUUUGAAAAUGGAGUCGGACGACGAAGUGCAGCUCAAUCUUCUGACGCUGUUUUUCCUUUAAAAUCGUUUCGUUUCGUGCAGUUUGUGUAGAGCAAGGGUGAAAUGAGUGUUCGUACCGUGUGUUACGCAUGAAGAAAAGUAAAUUUUUAUUCAAUGUUUUUUUUACGUUACGGCAUUUCCGGUGAAGGGGGUUAAAACAGUGACCGCUCUGCUUCAAAACAAAACCCAACUGCCAGCACCCAACCAACCGAUUGAGCUUGUGAAACAACAUACCGCGAUAUAGUAGUAGUGGUGGUGCACUCUAGUACACUAGUGUGCGGUGGAUUGCGGGUGACCGACCAAAAAAGCGUAAAUUGCGAACCAUUCAUUCAGUAAAACCCUUUUUGUGCUGCACCGUGUCUCGUGUAUGAGGGAGAGAAGAACGGCCACAUUCCAAUCGCGCUUUUUUGCCGACUCGUGCGGGUUGUGUGCCUCUAUUGCUCUUCCAGUGUAGCGCAUUACUACUGCCGUAAGCGGAUCAUAUUCGUCUGCAAUCAAAGUGACCAUGUGAGCGUGUAUUAAAUUCGUGCACGGGAGUUGCUUCCGAUGGCCGUACUGUCGUCGUCCCGCGUGAAGGUGUGCUGUGUGAAGCAGAAGCAAGUGGGGAAGUGAAACGAAAAAAUCCGGGCCCGGUGAUUCAUAGCCUUACCUUUAGUUUUCUGUAGAGCCGCGCUAGUAAAAGGUAGAAAAACGGCACGGUUGUGAUGUUGAUGACGAUGAUGAUGAUAUACCGCCGCCAGCAUCGAAUCGCCGAAACCACCAGCAGGGAAAGGAAUUUGCUCGUCGUCCGCAAGCAAACGUCAUCAACCGGUAUUUCGGUAGAGAUCGAACUGCUCGUUCGAGAGGAGGGACUUGAUGUUUACCUACACCGUGCGAUGAUUCGCCGUAGCCACGUGCAGUAGUGCAUUAGUCGAGUUUCGCUCCGUGCGUUGCAGGCGCCUGCAACAAAGCCGCUGCACAUCAUUCAGUUCGUGUUGAAAAAGUGAAAAAGUGACAGUGGUGGUGCAACCAGAGCGUGUGUGCGUGUGUGUGUCCUUUUCGGUUUUUGUGUGAUGGCCGAUGCGCGUGACAGCAGGUGUGUGGUUUUCGUGAACGGUUGACCUCCAGCAAACGACGAUCGUUCUUCGAUCAUCAUCAUCGCCGGCAGCCAAGGUGAAUAUAGGAACGGAAAGAAACCGUCUCCCUGCGUAUCGGGUGAAAAGACGACCGAGAAGAGCAGUAGGCCCUGGAGCGUAGUGUUGUGCGUUUGUGUGUGAGAGCUGCUCGUUCACUGUGGUGAAAGUGUAUAUUUUUGGCCAUCGACCGCGUCACCCACCGAAAUCGAUCGUGCGCUGUGCGUCGUUAUGCCCUUGCCGCGGACAGGCUCCACGCUGGGUCAGAGUGUUUCGUGGCCGGCUCUACGUGGUUUUACUUGUGCGACGCUUUUCAUGAAAAUCGAUACAGUUUUUCACAAAUCACAUUCAAUAGUGAAUAAGCCCUAGCGAAGGCAAUUAGUCGUUUGUUUUGUUCGAGUGCCCGUGCCGCAUAGGCUUAUUGUAAUCUUCUACACGUGAUUGUUCCCCGUCCGACUCGGAAUUAAAGGGGUGUAGUUACGCUGCAACUGGACGGGCGUAUGGCAUUGGCGUGCGCUGCACUGUCCCCGGAAGUGGAAACAUAAUGAGUCAAUCGGGCAGCAUGGGUGUGAAAUCUGACUCCGGCAAGGACGCUCCACAAGGGGGCGUUAGCAAUGGUAGCGAUAACAAUGCGCAAGGUGGCAAUGGUGGUGAUGGGGUGAACAAUGGUCCACCGACACUGAACGGCGUUGUCACGGGAUCGUCCAGCGGUGGUCCACCGUCGGGCAACAACGCAGUCAACAAUUUGCCACCACAUCCACAUCAACAUAUGCAUCAGCAGCAUAACCAUCAUCACCAUCAUCAUCUUCAGAUGCAGCAGCAGCAGCAGCAGCAGAGCAACGACGGCAGCGUUUCGAUAGCAACGGGUGACAGUGAAACGGGUAGUUACUACGACCAAAAAACGGACCUUUCUUCACAUCAUCUGGACGACGAGGACGGGCUGGGUCCGUUGCCGCCAAAGUGGGAGAAGGCCUACACGGAUAGUGGCGAGGUGUACUUUAUCGAUCACAACACAGGAACGUCACACUGGCUCGAUCCACGGUUGUCCAAAUUUCAGAAAAAAUCGCUCGAAGACUGCCAGGACGACGAGCUUCCGUACGGGUGGGAAAAGAUCUGCGAUCCACACUACGGCACGUACUACAUCGAUCACGUUAACCGCAAAACACAGUAUGAGAACCCGGUACUGCAGGCCAAACGGAUGCAGGAACGUGGCGGCUCAUCCCUCACGGUCGACGGCAACAAUGGUCCCGUUGGUGGUGGUGGUGGUGGUGGUCCGCUCCUGGACGCGAAUGGACAACCGAUGGGCGCAAACGGUAACGGUGGUCCGGGCAGUGCGGGAGCUAUCGGUGGACGUGUGAAUCAUUUCACCAAGAACCCGGGCAGCUUGCGUGGGGAGCGAUUAAUGACGACGCUGGUGAAAUCAAUCCGCGGUCUCGGGUUCACGAUCGUCGGUGGAGAUGACAAUGUGGAGGAGUUUCUGCAGAUCAAAUCGAUCGUACCGAACGGGCCGGCCUGGAUGGAUGGGCAGCUGAAGAUGGGCGACGUGCUCGUGUACGUGAAUGACAUCUGCGUGCUGGGCUUUACGCAUCACGAGAUGGUUAACAUUUUCCAGUCCAUUCUACCCGGCGAAGAGGUACAUCUGGAUGUGUGCCGAGGUUACCCGCUGCCGUUUGAUCCGAACGAUCCCAACACGGAAGUGGUGACCACGAUCGCGGUCGAUGGAUUGGUACAGAACGGCGGCGCAGUGAUAGCGGAUGGGGAGUUGAAGUUUUUGGAAAACGGUGGCUUUAUGGUCGACCACUCGGCGCCAUCGUCGGACGGGGUCGGGCAGCAUAAGAAUCCGCUGGCAAAAAUCCAAUCCUCCUCGGUGCACGGAAACGGACCAACGAUCACGUCCAAUGGAGGGGACGUUUACUUCAACGACACACUCUCCUACCAGCAGCACUACAACAAGGGCAAACCGUACGAUCUGGUGCCGGAGAUACUGCACAUUAACAUUGUGAAGAGUGACAAUGGGUUUGGGUUCACGAUUACGGACAGUUCAUACGGACAGCGGGUAAAGAAAAUACUCGAUCGUCAGUGCUGCAAGAAUCUGCAGGAAGGUGAUGUCCUGCUGAGCAUUAACUCCAUCCCGGUGAAAGAUAUGAGCCACAACGAGGUCGUGCAGGUGCUGAAGGAUUGUCCGAAAAACAUCGAAACAACGUUAAAAGUUCAACGGGGUCCUGGGGCCGGAGCCGGUGGGCUGCUUGUUGGGCCGGGAGUAGGUCCUGUCUCGUCCUCGUCACUUCCCGCCAGCAGUAAGCUCACGAACAAGCUGCGCAAAAGCAUCGAGAUGGCCAAAUUCGGUGGCAAUGGUGGGGCGAUGUUGAAAAAGGACGGUCCGGCGAAUUUGUUCCGCAGCAAAACACCGACCGCCGAUCUGUACAGUACGCAGACGAAGGAAAUAUUGCCAACGCGUCCCAAAACACCGCUAGUCGAUACGCGGGCCCGUGCUAAAACGCCGUCCCUACCGUUGGCCGAGCUAAAUGCGGAAGAAAUCGAGCUGGACGGUGCCGGCGGUAAGAGUGUGACCGAUUCGAAGCUGGAGCUGAAUAUGAAAUCCAACGCCAGCUCGCAUGAUAACGACUCGAUCGCGAACGAUAUUGGUGGGCUUUACCAUCAUCAUCAUCAUCAUCACCAUCAUCACCAUGGUGGAGACGACCAGUUCCAGCAUCACAUGAAGCACUCGAAUCUGGCGGAUCGGUUAGGCGAGCUAUCGAUCGGUGGCGCUAGCGAUACGGCGAUCUACAACAACAACGGACAGCCGGGAGGCAACCAUCCGUAUCAGAGUGGUGGCGGUGGUGGUAUGGGUGGGCCACCGGGUGGUGGUGGUGGAGGCUACAAUCAACUUUACUCCCCACCGCUUGUUCCUCCUCCACCGGUACCGCCGCUCGGGCAGGGACAACCGUAUCAUCAUGACAACUGUUUCUGUUACGAUUGUCAAGAUGUCCGUCAACAGCAGCAGCAACACCACAUGCAGCACCAGCAGCAGCAGCAGCAGCAACAUCUGAUGAAUCGCCAAUACUCCUCCUCCCAUCCGAUGAACCCGUCUCCCCACGGCACCUAUAGCCUUCCGCCUCAGAUGAGUGACAACAUCGGCAAGCGUCUGAACGACUACCUGAUGGAUCGGAAGCGUUCGACGAUGCAACAAACGGGCAAUCCCGGUCCCGGACCGAUGGGGGGUGGUGUUGUGCCACAGUACGACAAUCUGUACCUUUCCCAGCACCAUCACCUCCAGCAGCAAGCGGGCGGACCAUCACCCAUGCAUCCAUCCACGUACCACCAUCUACAGCAAUCACCAGGCGGUGGCAACGGAAUGUCGCUGUACGACACUCAACAGCAGCAGCAGCAGCAGCACCACCACCACCAUCAUCAGCAACAACCUCCACUGUCCAAUUUCUAUGGUGGCAAUCCAGGAGCAAUGCAUCCCGGACCACCCGGCAACGGUUGGAAGAUGAGCCCCGGGCAGCAGCAACAGCAGCAACACUCACCAUCACAACAUCACACACUGUACCACGGUGGUCCGGGAAUGGGGGGACACCAUCACGGGCUCGAUGAGUACAGCCUGACGGAGGUGACGCUCGAGCGGCAAGCACUUGGGUUCGGGUUUCGCAUCGUGGGCGGUACGGAGGAAGGAUCCCAGGUGACGGUGGGACACAUUGUGCCGGGUGGUGCGGCCGAUAAGGACACGCGCAUCGCCACCGGUGACGAGAUCCUGAACAUUAACGGAGUGAAUGUGGAAAAUGCCUCCCAUCACCGCGUGGUGCAGCUAAUGGGUGAGGCGGGUCUACGGGGCCAGGUGACCAUGAUUCUGCGACGGCGGCAGCUCUCCAAACCAAUGGUCCCACCACCACCACCACUCCCCCCGAACCCCCGCUACCCGUACAACGUGCUGGUGACGCGGAAGGAGAACGAAGGCUUCGGGUUUGUCAUCAUUUCCUCGUCCGGCCAAUUUCUAGGCUCGUCCAUCGGUGAUCUCAUACCGGGCAGUCCGGCGGAACGGUGCGGUGAGCUGAAGAUCGGCGAUCGUAUCAUCGCCGUCAACUCGAUCGACAUUACCGGCAUGAGCCACAGCGAUGUGGUGAACCUGAUCAAGGAGUCCGGGUUGCAGGUGAAGCUGACGAUCGAUAGUCCCCGGGAUGGUAUUAUGCAUCCCGCUAUCGGUUCGCUCAUACAACCCAGCGUCCCCACGUCCGUACCGAAUGGAAACGGUGGUGGUGGUGGUGGUGGUGGUGGUGGUGGUGGCGGUGGUCCCAUGCUUAGCUCCAACACGGAUCUGUACGUGAGCAGCAACAGCACGGUGAGCGGAAGCAAUGGACCAACCAUCAACCGCUAUCCGGCGAUCAUUUCCUGAUUGCGGAUACGGCUGCAACAGCAGCUGGCCGAGCGCCAUCGUACGCUUGCCCAGCCGGAUGCAUCCCUGGGAUGAGAAGAGUCUGCUCAGGCCGACCGGUAAACCAUAUUAACCAAAGUCACAGAGACGCGUCACAGUGCGUGGUGUUGUUUGCUAUCGAUUAAGAUGUACCCAUUAGCUGCCGUACAAUUCGAGUACGGGGCGCAAUGUGUAGCCUUAAGUCUUUUUGUUGUUUCCCCCCCCCCCCCCCCCCCCCGCUGACAAACGACUUGCCCAAAAUUGCUAGCGCAACAAUCAACCAACCUGCAAUAGGGUACCGCUGGGUACAUGCAAGCGCUCCGAUCUAUUAUCUUUUCCUUACAUGUGUUAUGAAAUGAGGGGUUGUUUCCCAACUGCUUUCCCAGCUCAUGCACGCUGCUCAUGCACCAGAUGGGAAAAUGUGGGCAAACUUAUCUCAUCGAUUCUAUUGUUUUUCUUUCGUUAUAGUUUUCCACCUUACUCUUGGCACAGUGCUUGAUAUGUCAUUGUACCACGAUAGUUGGUUGGCGUAGCAUUCGUGCUAAAUAAUUUUCCAACGUUGAACGUUUUUGGCUCUUCGUGCUCGUUCUUAAGCAAAACUAUGCAAAACGUUACGUCUUCACGUUACCUUUCCUUUUCACGACCCGUCUUCCAUCGUUGAACACGCGCCUCUUUGUAGGACAAACAUGACAAUUUCGCCCUUUUUUUAUCUGUCUUUACCACCAAUAUUCUUAGAUUUGCCUCAUUUAAUGCCUGUAAAGGACCUGUCCUGUAAGACCUCAAUUUCGGAACGAACCUUUAACCUAGCCCCCCCUCGAAGACAAAAGACUGGAAAAAAUGUGAACUCAGUUAGGCGGUGAACGGUAAACACGACAAACAAAAUGCAAUCCAUCCUGUGAACAAAACAAACAAACAAACAAACAAAAAAUCUUGCCUUACACCACUUUUUUAGCAAACUAGUAGUGCGAUUGUUGUUAACAAAAACCAAUGAAACGUGAUUAGUAAGCGUGAGCUCAACAUAUAUAUAGAUAUACAUGGUACAAGUGUGAUUGCUCAUUAUGCUGCAAUUUUGUAUUUUAACACAUGUUUUUCGAACAGGUGAUAGCUAGUUGAACCGGUGGCUUGGUUUUUUUGGAAGGAAACAGUUUACCGACGAUCGUUUGAAACCCAUUUUGCAUUUAUAUGCGCGUAGCAAAUGCUCGUGAUGCGGUGGUUCGUAUUUAUUAGGUAGAAAACGGCAACAUUUACAACAACAGUCCAUAUUAAGCGUGUCCAUAUCGUCGUCUGCACGCAAAGCUCAUAUCGAUGCAAAAGCGGGAGAAGGAAACAGUAUAUUUAGACGGGACAGGCAGAGAGUAGUCAAUCCGAAUAGCCAGAUUCUAGAAGCCAGCUAAAAGGGGUGGUCUCUCAACUUUAAUUAGUCGGAUAGUUGUUGCACUAGGUUAAGUGACAUGAUUUGUUUGUUGUACAUAGAGCAUUUUAGUCUAGUACUUAACCCCUUUUUUCUUCAAAGCAAAACCCUUAGCAGCACUUUUUUGUAUUGCUACAGAGAAAGCCUUACAGCCUUACUAUCAAUGCCCAACCCAAUGUGUCGAUGUAUAUACCCAAAGCAGUAGAGAAACGAACGAAACAAGGAUUAGGAAGGAUGAAGAACGUGUGUGUGUGUGUGUGUGGAUGUCAAAAUCAAAUCAAGUGCCUCCCAAUUUUUAUUGUACCGUUUAACAAAAAAAAAGGAAAGGAACGUUGCGUUCCCCCGUACCCCCAGCUAGUGUUCUAGUGUGCAUUUUUAUACUUGUUUAUGUUAUGGUAGUGUAACGCGUAGUAGUAUAAUUAUAUCGCUGUAGCAGUAGCAAACUCCUCAGAUUUUUGGUCAUUAACCAACCAAUGGACGCGGCCGCACCCUAUUUUUCUAGCAAUAGCGAACACAGCAAAGUUAACAACAGUAAAAGUGAGCAUUAGGAGGAAAGAGUUGUGUGUUUGUAUGCAACGGGAGCUAUUUUUCGUGCGUACUAUUGCAAGUUAAGUUAUUUGUUAAGCAGAUUUGGUGUACACGAACAAGAACCAGAGAGAGAGAGAGAGAGAGAGAGAUAGCAUUUUGUUGAAGUACACAGUAUUCUUUACCGAUCGUCAACACAAACAAACAAAAUGGGCGAGUAUCGUUGAUGUAGACUCUAUUUGACUUACCGAUUUUAAGUAGAAAUCAAUACUUAAGUAAAAAAAAAACCCCAACAGUGUUACAUGAAGGAAGCUCAUUAAACAAACAAUAAAUAAAGCAAUGUAGUUGAAACUGAA